AUGAAAACUGAGAGAAGAAGGCGGUCCAGCCAAAGCGUAGCGGGGUCUCAAUUCGCCAGUCUCGCCAAAAGUGCCCAAGCUGAGAUUCAGCCAUCCACACUUCCGUUGGAAAAAGAUGACGAUCGAGUCGCAUUCUUGCGUCGAUGUGUCGCCCCUCAUGUGGACUCUUUUGACUUCGCUAUUGGCUCUGGCCUGAUGCAUCUAUCCCAAGAACUUGAACCAAUUAUUGUGCGUGGGCCAGCCGACAAAAACGGAAAAUCAGUACACAUAUCUCUUCGUGCCCACAGCCUUUCUGUUCGGAAGCCAUCAAUCUCUACAAGCUCCGGAACAACUAGUGGAAUUUCUAUGCAUUUGUAUCCAUUUCAAUGUAGAAGAGCGUCCUCCAGUUAUGUGGGUGAGCUUUUCGGUGCCUUUACAGUUGUGCUGGACAAAGAAGAGAGUUUUGAGCUCCCGAUACAGCGAAUAGGGCGUGUACCCAUAAUGGUAGGCUCAACGGCUUGUCAUUUGAAGGGAAAGUCAAGGAGUGAACUGGUGGCACUAGGAGAGGAGGAAUAUGAGGUUGGAGGUUAUUUUGUGAUCAACGGUUCCGAAAAGGUGAUGCGUCUCGUGGUGGUUCCCAGGUCCAACCAUGCUGUAUCAGCAAGACGAGACAAGAAUUCAGGGAGGGGUCCUCUUUUUACUGACUUAUCCCUGAGCUACAGAUCAAUGCGACGGGAUCUGUCCACGUUUACCUUGCACUUCCAUCUGCUGAGAAGCGGCACUGUCCGUAUUCGUGUUACGAUUGCGCGGAGUGAAUAUUUCAUUCCCAUUGGGGUCGCUUUUAGAGCAAUUCUUUCGACCGGAACCACUGAUAGAGAAAUAUAUGAUUUGAUUGUUGGUGGUGAACGGGACGACAACGCUCUUCGCAAUGCUGCUAUUGCUAUCAUCAAGGAAUUAAGCGAACGCUCCCACGAGUUUCGCCACAGAGACGCCGAGCCCAAUGUCAAGGCAUCCCUCUCGAAGUCGGCUGCCACUGCGUACCUCGGAAAGAGCUUCCGAGCAGUGAUGGGCUUGAAUGACGAAUUGGUUUCUGAUCAUGAGGCCGGAGUCGCUUUUCUUCGAAGAUUUAUUCUUGUGCACCUCAGCGUGGGAUGCUAUGAGAACCCUGACGAUGCCUUGGACCGAUCGAAGGUCGAUUUGAUGGUAUUACUGGUGCGCAAACUGGUAUCGACAUCGACGGGGGAUAUUGAGGUUGACGACGCUGAUGCCCUUUCCCAUCAGUCUCUGAUGCCUCCAGGUCAACUUUACCUAAGCUUGUUGAAAGAAAAAGUUGAAUCCUUGGUUCGGAUUGCUGCUUCGUACAUAAGGAGGGAGGCGAUCAAGGGCACGGAUAGGGAUAAACGCAAGGUGAACGGAAAAAGAGCAUCGCGCAGUACGAAAACAAGUGGACCAGUGCUUAAGAUCUUUAUCAAGGAAGCGAUAAAACGAGCUGUAGCAACUGAUCAGCUGUCGACCCACAUGUCUUAUCUGUUGGCGACUGGAAAUAUAAAGACAGACACAGGGCUAGACCUACCACAAGCUGUUGGCUACAGUGUCAUUGCUGAGCGCAUUAACUUUCUCCGCUUUAUUUCUCACUUCCGAGCAGUGCAUCGCGGAGCGUUCUACGCCCUAAUGCGAUCUACAAAGGUUCGAAAACUGCUCCCAGAAGCUUGGGGUUUCAUCUGCCCUGUCCACACGCCAGAUGGAGACCCCUGUGGUAUCCUUAAUCACUUAGCAGCGGAGGCUGUAGUCACGCAAGGAAUGGGAGCCGAUAAGAGAGACAUUUUGCAUCUCUUUUCGGAUUUUAACUUUUACCCAGCACCGGCUUUGUCCAGUCUUCACAGCGUACCACCCAAAGACGCACUGCCAGUAGUCGUCGACGGCCGUGUUUUCGGGUAUGUUAGAGAAGAGAGCGCCGAAGAGCUCGCCGAACAAAUAAGAUACACGAAGAUUAGAGAUAUGGUCCCGAUUGUUUCGAACAUGUCAGAGGUUGUCUACGUGCGCCGCAUCAAGGCUAAAGCGGGUUUUGCACCCGGUAUCUAUGUACACACAACUAGUGGGAGGUUAAUGAGGCCUGUGAAAUGGCUUCAGUCUCCGCGGAAUACCAAUUUGGGCGGCGAACAAGAUCCAGUUGGCUUUCCGGAGUGGAUUGGUUCGCUUGAGCAAGUCUUCCUCCGCGUACGCCCCUCGGUCCAAGAAGAAGAAGGCAGUUUGCGUCCGAUUCAAACUGAUGGAGCGACACAUGCGGAGGUGUCUUCCGUGUCGUUCCUCAGUGUUUUAGCCUCCUUAUCCCCAUUCCCUGAUAUGAACCAAGGCCCGAGGAAUAUGUUUCAAUGUCAGAUGGCCAAGCAGACCAUGGGUACGCCGUGUCAUACGACUUGGAGUCGUCAUGAUUCUAAAGUAUAUAGACACACUACCCCCCAGGUGCCAAUCACACGGAAUUUCUGUAUGCAAGAUCCAAUGGGAGCAGACGUAUAUCCAAAUGGGGUCAAUGCAGUUGUUGCAGUCAUCAGCUAUAGCGGAAAUGACAUGGAAGACGCACUAGUUAUCAACAAGGGAAGCCUUGACCGUGGAUUUGCACAUGGGACAGUAUAUGUGAACGAAAAGAUAGACCUGGAUAGGAGUAUCGAUGGAAGAGAGAAAACAUUUGCCACGUUGCCUAUUGAAGCAGUUGAAGAAAUGGACAGCGUUGAUAUGGAUGGCCUGCCGCGAGUAGGGUCAAGAGUGAAGAAAGGUUCACCACUAUAUGGGAUCUGUGGAAAGGAUCACCUUUCUCGCGGUCUAUUGGAUCACAAGACACAAUGGACCAGGUACAAAUACCAGGAAGAUGGAACUGUGGAUGAGGUAGUAGUAGUUGACCCGGAUAUGUACAAGCAUAAGCGAACCCCGCGGGGCCCUGGAAUUCGGCAGGCGAAUGUGCGGAUAAGAGUUUCCAGAACUCCUUGCGUGGGUGACAAAUUCGCUUCAAGGGCAGGCCAAAAGGGUACGAUGUCAGCCGCCUGGCCCAGUGAGGAUAUGCCGUUUUCUGAGAGCGGAAUGGUACCAGAUAUUCUGUUCAACCCGAACGGAUUUCCAAGUCGAAUGACAAUUGGAAUGAUGGUUGAGAUAAUGUCUGGGAAAGCGGGGGCAUUGCACGGACAUUUCAACGAUUCGACCCCGUUCCGGUUCGACGAAUCGCAUCGUGCUGUUGACUUCUUCGCGGAGCAGUUACUGAACGCUGGUUUCGACGCAUGUGGGAGCGAGGUGUUGUAUUCUGGCUACACAGGGGAACCUUUCAAAGUGAACAUAUUUACCGGUGUCGUGCACUAUCAGCGCCUGCGACAUAUGGUUUCAGACAAGUUUCAGGUACGUACUACUGGUGCGAUCGACCCGUUGUUCCGACAACCGAUCAAGGGGCGCAGCCGUGGGGGUGCGAUUCGAUUCGGCGAAAUGGAGCGGGACGGAUUAAUUGCGCAUGGUGCUUCAUUUUUGUUGAGGGACCGACUGGCCAUGGCUUCGGACAUGCAUUUGCUUCACGUCUGUGAGACUUGCGGAUCGCUGGUGUCUCCGACCAUGAAAGUGAGCGAAGAAGCUGCCGACUCAUCUCAUAUUUAUUGCAGAGAAUGCGUUGGGAAGGAAAGCCAGGUUUUACGGGUUGCUAUUCCUUACUCGAUGAAGUAUCUCACAAAUGAGCUCGCUGCCAUGAAUAUUCGCACCGUUUUCAAGUUGAAAGAAGUGAUAUAA